UAUUUUGUAUGAUUUAGGAAUAUUUCGCUUGGUUUACAUGUUCGUAGUUUAGCAGAUCAAUAUAAGGUAGAACAGAUAUCUCAACGGAAUAACGUUACAGCACCCAUCUUGAGUUUACAACGCCAUUGACUAAUGGUAAUGUUAGCAGUUUCUGAAAGUAAGUACUUUACUCUUUUUUGUGUUAUUCUAUUUGCACUAUCAUUGAUUACAACGGUACUUCUUCCUAUCGUAGUAUGUAAAAGUUAAUAUUAUAAUAUUUGUUUGUACAAAACAAGUUCCAAUGUCUACAGCAUUGCUUAAUUUUUGUAUUCAUGGAUAUAAAAUAGAUUAAAGUUAAUUAUUAACUAUGUGGCCAAUAUGAAAUUGAGAAGCCUUUUUGGAGUCUUCUGGAAAUUCCAAGUGGAAAACCCAUGUAAGGGCAGAAACGUAAUAAAGGGGUGGGCCCCGGUGAGGCAAUAAGGCUAUAUAGGCAAAGCGUUGAAAGAGCAUGUGUUACUACUCUUACACACAACAGUACAGAACUGUUAAGGAAUUGAGAAGAUGUCUGGACUAGUACAGUACAUCUGGGAUUGCGUUCUACAGUACGAGACCUUGCUACGGUCUCCCUUUUUCCCAGUGCUCUUCUCUCUCACAGUCUACUUAAGUUUCUGCCUACCUUUCCUGGUGCUGGACACCCUGUCUCCCAGAGUAGCACUCGUGAGGAGAUACAAGAUUCAACAGAAAACCAGCGUGUCUUGGAGUAUGAUGUGGAGCUGCCUUGCACUCUCAAUCUACAAUCAUGCCGUGUACAUCUUCCCGCUGAGUGUCCUGCAUUGGUAUUGGAGACCUGUCAACUACACAGCAACAGCACCUGGGAUCCUGCAAGUCAUAUGGGACCUUUUUGCCUGCCUCCUUCUCUUUGACUUCCAGUACUUUGUAUGGCAUCUUCUGCAUCACAAAGUACCCUGGCUGUACCGCACUUUCCACAAGGUGCAUCACAAACAUACAUCCACCUUUGCCCUGACUACAGAGUACUCUGGGGCUUGGGAGACACUGUCACUGGGUUUCUUUGCUGCGGUUAAUCCCAUGUUACUCGGGGUUCAUCCUAUGACAGAGAUGCUUUUCCAUAUGCUGAACAUGUGGUUGUCAGUAGAAGACCAUUGUGGCUAUGAUCUGCCAUGGGCAACACACAGACUGGUGCCUUUUGGACUGUAUGGAGGAGCACCGCACCAUGAUCUUCACCAUCAGAAGUUCAAGUCCAACUAUGCUCCAUAUUUCACCCAUUGGGACAAGCUCUUUGGUACACUGCAUACUGAGUGAACAGAAUGACUGGGACAACACAAACUCUCUUUUUUGUAAAAAGUGUAUUGGUGGCUUUAUCAUUCUAUGAAUGAAUGCUUUUAACCUAAAGACUCUAAAGCUAAAUUUCUUUGUACUUUAGAUGUGUUAUACUAAUGUUCUGUAUUUAUUGAAUGUCUGUAUUUAAGUGUGAUUAUAUGAAAAUGAACAAAUAUACUGUGUGGACGGACUAUAUGAAGCACUAUUUAUAACCCCUGUUUCAUGAAGAACAAAUACAACUAAACUAAACAAUAAAACU